AGUGUUAUAUAAAUAGAAUUGAGGCCAUGCACCCCCCCCUCCCCUUUGACUAUACAAGGAACACAGUAAUCUUUAGUCAAUCAAGCGUUUGUGCAGCCAGACUCUUGUCUGCUGGAUUUUGAGUAGUGUAGCCGGGCCGUAUCAACAGCAGUGAAGGCUUUGGUGUAAACAAGUUGUCUCGCAGAGCAUCUCAGAAAACUGCUUCUCCAAGUUUAAGAUCAGGGAGAGAGGAACAGAGACGGGGGAUAGUCACAGGGGAUUGCCAUAGUCUGGCAUUUACUAAGUAACUUAAGUAGGGCAACAGAGAUAAAAACACCAGACAGCCACAGUGACUCUUUUAAUGCAUUUUUUUGAAGAAAAUGAUAUAAGGAGAAAACAUUUUCCUGAAGGGACUCAAGCUCUGUCAAAGUGGAAGUCUUGCUGAGCUGGUUAACCAGCCAAGGUUGGUGCUUUGAUAUGUUUCGUGUGUGUACGAGGACCGAAUUUCAAUAUCCUGAGUUGAAAAGAUAGUAUUAUACUGUAGUUGAGUGAGUGAUGAAGGGAGGUGACGAUGAUGAUGAUGACGUGUGGAAUGCAUCAGCAGUUAUACUGGAUAUUGACUCAGGGUCUUGGGCAGACCGUUCCCCUCUUCAUGAUGCUGCCAGCCAAGGACGACUGCUGGCCCUUAAGACCCUCAUUGCUCAGGGCCACAGUGUGAAUGUGCUGACAAUAGACCACAUUAGCCCUCUUCAUGAGGCGUGCGUACGGAGCCAUUUUGCCUGUGCCAGAGCCCUGAUAGAUGCUGGAGCCAACGUAAAUGUGACAACUAUAGAUGGUGUUACUCCAUUGUUUCAUGCCUGCUCAGCUGGCAGUCUGGCAUGUCUAGAGCUGCUCUUGCAGAGUGACGCCAGACCACAGGCCCUGGCUAUAUUCCAGCCUUCACCCAUACAUGAGGCAGUCAGUAGGGGGCACAGCAAGUGUGUGGAGGCGCUGCUUGCAUGGGGCGCGGAUGUGGAUUAUGAAAUCCCUCACAUGGGCACCCCUCUCUACAGUGCUUGUCGGUGUAAGGAGUUCAUAUGUGCCCGCAUGCUGCUUGAUGGAGGUGCAAAUGUGCAGAGAGGCACAUAUAUUGAGACUCCUCUUCAUGCAGCAGCCCAGAAAGACUGUGUAAGCAUAGUGAAGCUCCUGCUGGAAUUUGGGGCAGAUAUAAACGCACGCAACCUGGAGUAUAAACGGCCCGUAGAGGUUGCUCCUCCGGGGAGCCUUACAGAGGGCUUCCUAUUGAUUUAUGAAGCGACACCCCGUUCUCUACGUCAUCUGUGCCGUCAGCAAAUCAGGGAGAGUAUGGGACGUUCCCGACUGCAUCUUCUACCACAUUUGCCCCUUCCUAAAGCUAUGAAGAACUUUCUACAAUAUAGAUGAUAUCCUAGGCAGGCCAUCUUAGUAUUAUUAUAUAGUUAGACUUAGUAUAAUUAAUAAUUUAAAAUAAAAGCUGUUUUACCUUUUUCCAUUUAAUAAUAAUCUCUGUUGCAUGCUUUGACGAGAAUAGGCCAACGAUAUACUUGGUAUACAAAUAGCCUACUUGAAUAAUUUUAUAAACUUGUGAUCAAUACCCCAUCUUCUUCAUCUUACUUUAAUAAAUAAAUAACACAUCUUCUUCCACUUAAAACUAA